GAAAAAAAAAAGAAAAGUAAAAGCUAAGAAAAGUAAAUUGCCGGCCAGUUGAGCGGACUUAGCUCCGACCUCAUCCGUUCCUUGGAUUACAGACAUAUCAAGUAAAAGCGGCGAAAUCGGGGCCUUGCGUUUAGGGUAACGCAAGUUGGAUCUACCCAGGCGGGAAGAACGGCUAUAGUAUCUCUAGGCCGUCUGCUACACGGCUUCCCGGGACUAAGUUAGCAAGAAACUGGGAUUUUCACGUAAUUCCGGUAGUGCGGAGGGAUAAGCAACAUUGGCCACAGCGUGUGGCUGUCUCCACAUCUGGAUAUAUUCCACACGAGGGCAGACUUUUAGGAGAAUAGAAUUCUGUCUUAUGAAAAUAAUUGAAUUUUACCCCGAAAGACAUGGGAACGUUAUCUAUGGCAAAGAAUGUCAAAGUAGUCCUGAGUCGACCAAACAGGGAACUCUCUGGUGGAUCUCAUGACAAGGAUGAACUCCUCUGAUCCACAUUUUGUCAGGUGUCUAAAACCCAACGUAGAAAAGUUGCCAGACAAGUUUGAAAUCGACUACGUAUUAGACCAGCUUCAUGCAAACGGACUUCUGGAAAUAGCCAAAAUAAGACAGCAAGGUUUUCCCGUUCGUUAUGAAUUCGGAAAUUUUAUAGACAAGUAUAAAGUUCUAGCCUUCAAACCUUUAGAAAACGUAGACCCGACUGGGGCCAACUGUUUGCUGAUCGCCCAAAAAGCCCAACUCGAGGAAUAUGCCAUCGGAGAAUCAAAGAUAUUCCUCAAAAUCGGCCACGUAGACAGAUUAAACGCCUGCCUACAAGACGUCGAGAGGAAACUGAGUCGGGUUCAAGCGCUCGUCAGGGGGGUCCUGGCCAGGAGAAAGAUCAACGAAGAAGUGGCGAGGAAAAAAAUGGAACAAAUCGCCUUGGACGCCUUUAAUAAAAUGCACGAAGACGACGUGACCAAAAUUGGGAAGCCCAUUAGCAAACCUUUGGACAUCACGAACAUCCUGGGACCACUGUCAAACGAGGACUUCGCGGCCAUGAAUGGAGACGGGAAAUUUAGCCAGGCUGAAUCGAUAGAGGCAGCCAAAAAGGCUUAUGCGAACCGUCUGGAAGAGGACAGAGCAAGGAGGAGGAAAAAGCGGAGGCGUCGGAAUUCCCUUAGAUCCAACUGUACAUCAGAAACCACUUCGACUAGCCAAAUGACGUUGUCAACUGAAGAUAACAAUGCACAACCUGUUUGGGAUAUAUUCAAGACUGUCUCGAGAAAGAGUGAGACUUUAUAUGAGACUUCCACAAACUGGUUUGAAGUGGCUGCAAAGAGCUUCAAAGUGUUUGCCUACCUUUUCAUUUUUGUAUGUGUUCUGGCUAGUGCAAUAGCAAGCAAAGCUAGCCUGUUGCUUAUGACACAUUCAGUGGGCGAUAUACAGCAGGGAAAGGAAUACCGAGACAGAUGGGUGCAUCUUUUGAUAUGCACGAUAUGCAGUCCUUACCUAUUUACUUUUUUUGAAAGCCUUUUUAAAGCGCUUUUUGGCAACAAGCCAACACCGUCCGUAGGCAAUGUCGUUUGGAUUUUAUUCGUGGAAACGAUCCAUUCGUUUGGACUGUGUUUAUUUGUAUUUCGAGUUUUGCCCUGUCUGGAUACAGUCAGGUCACUAUUGCUCAUGAAUGCAUUUUGCUCAGUUCCCGCCAUUUUGAGACUGGUAGCUACAAAGCGCUCUGAGGACCCUAGAAGACGUAUGACUACAAUAAUACUGGACUUCUUCGCUGCUCUCAUGCAGAUAUCAGCCUUUGUGAUAGUACUGUUAUCAUUAAGGACGAACUGUUUGAAAAGUUUCAGUCAGACUUCGGGAAACCAAUCUGACAUUAAGGUGUUAAUUAGUGGAUCCGAAGUGGAAACAGCCGAAGCGCGGAGAAUGGAGGAGAAGGAACCCUGGGAGCAGACGUACCGAUUGUCCGACAUGUCAUGGGAACUACCGGUUUCUAUGCUUAUGAUUGCCACCAACUGGUGGGAGAAUUUCAUUGACAAGGAUUUCCGUCUCGGCUUUAUUGAGAUACCUAUCAAGCAGUAUAAGGACAGUCUACAUCGCGUCAGGGUCAAGUCCUACAUUCUAGCCAGUCUUUGGAAAAUGGGCUUGACGUACGGGUUCGCUUUUCUCUUGGUUCCCAAUUUGACCAUGGUUCACGAGGCGUUCCGCGGAAUCUUCAUCCAGACCAAAGUGUUGUAUCCGAUGAACAUGACAGACAUCGCGAUCCUACGACCGGGUGUCUCCCUAGGACCUAGACUCUUCCCCACCACAGACCCGACACUGGGGAUGUACCAACAACACUUUCCCGGGCAGCAGUACAUGAUUCUGGAGAACCGGACAUGUGGCGUCAAGGCCGAAAACAUCACCGGACAGCACUUCGGGAACGAAACGUUGUGUAAGGAAAUUUACAGCGAUCCUUGGGUGCACUGGACAACCUACAUGGCGUUGGUCGUUCAGGUAGCCUGCAGUGGACUUUGCUACUAUUUCGGCAGAUUGGCAUGCAAACUCUGUAUGCAGCGGUUUUCCUUCGCGGCACCUCUUUGCCUGGCCACACCUGUCUCUGUGGGCAUUAUCAUCGGAGUGUGUCACUUUCAUCCAGAGAAAAUCCAGCUAAUGGGGGGCUUCUUGAGGUGGGUUUGUACGGAGGACGCACUCAAAGAACGCUGGUUUAUAUGGCAUCUAGGAAUUGGAUUCGGGUUAUGGUGGGUGUCCCAGCUCUGGGUCACUCGGUACAUAUGGACUCCAAAAGCUCCUAGACUUGCCUUCACGGAAAGAUUGUUUCUCCUGCCAUUGUACUGCUCGGGUCUGAUAGAACAAUCCUUGCUGUUGAACCGACGUCGGAACGACAAGGAAAGGGUUCUCAAGGAAAUGGCAUUCAGUGACGAUGUGUCGUUGGACAGUGGAUCUACGGACACGAUGAAAAAACAGGCUCAGCAGAUCGUUCCCAAGAUCUACAUCUGCGCCACAAUGUGGCACGAAACUGAAAACGAGAUGACACAGCUGCUGAAAUCCAUCUUCCGCAUGGAUAUUGAUCAGAGCGCUCGACGAAACGCCCAGGACUACUUUAACGUGCAAGACCCCGACUAUUACGAGUUCGAAGCUCACAUUUUCAUAGAUGAUGCAAUGGGAUUUAACGAAUCCGACGAAUGGAUGCCGAACAUGUUCGUCAAGCAGUUGGUGGAUGUGAUAGAGCGGGCUGCGUGUGAUAUCCACGAGAGUGAGGUGAAUCUGACACCGCCUUGCCGAAUCCCGACUCCCUACGGUGGACGGUUGAUGUGGACUCUGCCUGGAGGAAACCAUUUGUUCGCGCAUAUCAAAGACAGAAACAAGAUCCGCCACAAGAAACGCUGGUCACAGGUGAUGUAUAUGUACUACUUACUGGGGUACCGUCUGGUGGCACAGCAGGAGGAAUCCAUGCAGAAUGGAAACGGAUCAUCGCUGUCCAUGGAGAAGUCUGACAAAUGGAAGCUUUCCAACCAUCACUUCACCCGUGGGACCCUCUUCAAACACGUGCCAGAGAAAGUUCUCAUUUUGGCUGAAAACACAUACAUCUUGGCCCUGGACGGAGACGUGGACUUCAAACCCGGCGCUGUACAACUGCUGGCGGACAGGAUGAAGAAGAGCAAGAAGGUCGGCGCUGCCUGUGGACGCAUUCAUCCUAUAGGAUCAGGCCCGAUGAUCUGGUAUCAGUGUUUUGAGUACGCCGUCGGUCAUUGGCUUCAGAAGGCCGCCGAACACAUGCUUGGUUGCGUUCUCUGCAGUCCUGGAUGUUUCUCCCUGUUCAGGGGAUCUGCACUGAUGGACGACAACGUGAUGAGAACAUACGCCACACGAUCUAGCGAGGCCAGGCAUUACCUGCAGUACGAUCAAGGAGAGGAUCGUUGGCUGAGUACAUUGCUUCUACAGCAGGGUUACCGUGUGGAGUACUGCGCAGCUUCUGACGCUAUGACGCAUGCCCCGGAAAGGUUCGUCGAGUUCUUCAACCAAAGACGACGAUGGAUUCCCUCCACACUGGCCAACAUCAUGGACCUGCUACAGAGUUACCGAUCAACCGUGAAAAUCAACGACAACAUAUCUUAUCUCUACAUGGCUUACCAAGGGGCCCUCAUGCUUUCCACAGUGCUCGGCCCCGCCACUGUGUUGCUCAUGAUGGCUGGAGCUUACAACGCUGUCAUGAAGAUUAGUCUUUGGCAAUCUUACCUGCUCUCUGUUAUCCCGUCGAUUUUUUUCCUGGUUCUGUGCUUCGUGAUCAAAGGUGAAGUACAAUUGACUAUGGCGGCCAUACUCAGCGCGUUGUAUUCACUUCUCAUGAUGGCAGUCAUUGUAGGAACUAUGGUCCAGAUAGCUGAGGAUACGAUCGUCAGUCCCAACGCCAUUUUCUUAAUGAUGUUGCUGUUCAUAUUCAUUGUGUCGGCCUGUUUUCAUCCGCAGGAAUUCAUCUGUUUAAUUCCAGGCGCUUUGUACUUCCUGUGCAUUCCUUCAGGCUACGUGCUCUUGAUUGUGUACGCUAUGUGCAACCUGCAUGUUGUCUCUUGGGGAACUAGGGAAAUGGCGGCGGUAAAAGUGGAUCCGGAACGGGAGAAAAAGCGGCAGCAGCAAACGGGUUUGAUGGCCUGGCUGGGUAGAAAUGAAGACCAAGAGGCCUGCUGCGGGAUUGUCGGCUUCUUCAGGCGGCUAUGUGGGCAAAGGUCUAACGUCAACAAUGAAUUCCUUCGUCAGGUGAUGGAGAAAUUGGACCGCGUGGAACAGGGCGUAAGAUCGGUGAGUUCUGGAGCGUCCACUGUCCACGGCAGGCGGCGUUCUUCUUCCCGGCGCUCAUCCUCCCGGCGGUCUAGGCGGUCCAACAUCGAGGACAUCGAGGAGGAGGACGACGGAAAUCAUCGGGAUGACGACUCGCAGACGACAAGCUCCAGUGACGAGGAAAGAUCCCAUCCUGAAGAGGAGAGAGACGACUUGGUGAACCCUAAAUGGCUGGAGGAACCAGGCCUGGGGCACGGAGAAGUCCAGUACCUACCUGAGAAAGAAAUCGACUUCUGGCAGAAAUUCAUCGUGAAAUACCUCUAUCCUAUCCCUCCUGACCGACAACAUCAGGCCAAGAUCGCCGCUGAUCUGAAGUCCAUGAGGAACAACGUUGCGUUUGCUUUCUUCAUGAUGAACGCCUUUUGGAUGAUCAUAAUCUUCAUGUUGCAGAGCGUCAAAGACCGCGUGAGCAUUCCGAUACCCCGCUACAACGGUAAGGCUCCGCUCCCAAUCGAGCCCCUGGGUCUCAUCUUCCUCGUGUUCUUCGCUUUCAUACUCAUUCUGCAGUUCUGCGCUAUGUUGCGGCAUCGUUAUGGAACCCUCCUGCACAUUUUGGCCUCUACAGAGUUACGGUGUUGCAGGAAGAGGUACGACCCAAGGAAGCAUAUCCGAGAAGCCGUGGAGUACGCUAGGGUACUACAGCGGCUACCAGGUUUUGACGAAGAGCCCGAAUCCACCGACCAAGAAACUCUCAACCUGGGCAAAAGCAACGUGCCUCCAAAUAACCUACGGAUGCCAGAUAACUACAUGCAGUCGAAUGGCAACGUUCCUCCAAUGUUCGAAAAUGGUCACCUUCCGGACGGCAGCUCGUCGCCUAUACCGGCCAUGUUUGAUAAUCCGGCCUUUAACCAUUCGACGCCGUCCAUGCCCGAGGCUGUGCGGAGGGAGAAGAGCGACCCGGCACCGGCCGUGUCAAGGCGAAAUCGACACAGGCACGGUGGGGGCAUGAUGGAGAAGAACAACACCUUACGUCGCGCCUUCGUUCGGAGGUACACCAAACUUAUGAGAGAACACUCGGCGGAUGUACCUCCAGAAGGAGCCGCCAAUUCUAACUACAUGGGCGCCGACAACGGCAGCAGUUCGCCCCCGAGGAGGACGCGUUCGUUGUCACGGAGAAGAGGUGAGAACGCCCAGGAUUUAAUGUCUCGAUUUAACAAGCUAAAUAGGUGAUGGUAAUUUGCGAGUGGUAUUAAUUGUUCUGUGGGAUGAUGGGCGUGCACCAGAACUCCACCCCCCCUCCCCCCCGUGUGUCCUAGGUCCUGGUGAGGGGUUCCACCGAAAAAAAAGAAAACAAGUAUGACAAUGACUCGUCACGGAGGACUGGGCCUACACCGAGCACUCCGUCCCAAGCCUGGCGUGGGACCAGGAAAAACUGUGCCCACGGGGAAAGAACUCCGGGGUGGAGAUGUUGCUGCGGCAACUGGGAUAUAUGUUUAGUUUUUGUUUGUGCUUUAACCUCUGUCUAAAGAUUGUUCUCCAUUGUGAUAAAAUACAGGAUGUGACACACUUUUGUGCGUCAAGCUGUGUGCUUAUAAAACAUCCGAUUCAAUUCAUGAUCUAAUUAUUUUAAACACCCAACUAUAUUGUCUCCUACCGAACGUCUUUCGUUCUUUUCAACACUGUUUCCGAUCCUACGCCACUAGAAUCGGGACGUAUACAUUAGCUGAGCUGAAACCCCGCAUGUCAAUAAAACAAAUUGCUUAUCACAGUUAUUAGAAAUUGCACACAAUGCGGCAGAUAUUAAGAUAAAAAAGAAUAAAAGCAAAAACAAGACGGUUAAGUGCUAUUGAACAUUAUUGUCUCAAUUGUAUUGUGGAAAGUUGGUUUGUACCAAAUAAUUGCUCAAAGUUAAUUGGUUGAUAUCUGAAUCUGGUAGAUAAUACAGCUUUCUGUUUUUUUUUGUAUAUAAAUUAAAUUGUUCUGCAUGUAAAAAUAAAAGUCCAGUUUGGAUUCUUUAUGACUCACGUGCUGACCUAGGAGGGGGCAAAACACUCGUCUCUGUAAUAUUUGGCGCAUAAUUUUGUGACUAGCAGUGCUGCAUGAGAGGUUUAGCCGUACAUCUAUACCAGCUAGGAGCAGGUAGCUAGCCCAAAGAGCCCUGCUCUGAACUGAAAGAAGCUAGCCACCUACCAAGGGGGGUAAAUCUGUCUUACUUUAUUCUGCUUUAUUGCAGUUUUCUUAUAUCUUUUGUGUAGGUACAUAUUCAUGCAAUGUAUAUCAAAGUAACCAUUUUACACCAUUUGAAUAGCAAUGUGUCAACGCUUUCGUUCGCUAUAUUGAUUAGCACAUCAUUUAGCAGGAAAACAUAUCAAGCCUUAGCUUUCUUCUAUGUCUUGUUUAACCCGUAUUAAACUGUCCAACAAUCUCAUGACUGUCUCUGUGUAAGACUGAGCGCUUUUUGUAUUAAGAAUUGUCUUACAGAAAUUUAUUGAAAACGCCUUUUUCGGCUUACACUGAACAAUGAAGAAAAUACUAAAGCAUCCUUCUCCACUUGUUGGAGUGCUGUGUUAAAGCGACUGUGCUCGCCCAUAUAAAAAGACCCAGCUUGUAAAGCUUUUACGUUUUUUGUAACAUAACAUUGUAAUAAUUUUAUAACCAUUAAUAUUAUUUUGUAUACAAAUGUGAUAAUGAUAAAUAAAUCUAGAUUAAUUUUGCAU